GGGAUAUAUUCCUCCUUGUUAGAAACAGAUAAUUGAUAUGUUGUUUAAGAUGGAAAACGGGGAUAUUUUCCACCUUGUUGCAGGGUAAAAGUGUUAAAGGGUCCCCUUACGAACCUGGCAUGCAAUUCUUCAAAUAUUAAAUCACUUCAAGUUAGGUCAAUAGUCCCUCAUUUUGAUUUUUAGACACCCUAUUAUAUUUGAUUUUCAAUUCAAUAUUAGGCCCCCGCCCUCCGACCUCGUUUACUACCCGCCCUUCAAGUACAACGGAAGUAAACCUAGUUAACUCUUAUUUUCUUUAGAACAUGACCUGUAAGCAUUAAAACAAAAUAAAUUUCAGAAAAAUGGAAAAAUGCUGAAAUCCUUGAUUUUGGUUGGUGUUUUUCCUCACUUCUUUGUGCAGAUUUACUGACUCAAACUAAAUCAACGCUAUCUACGAAGACGAUUAAUCAUUGGAUCUUGGACCCAUCAAUUAAUCCAGCAUUUAAUCAAUUAAUCACAAUUCAUUUAAAAUCCCAAUUGACUCGAUUAUUUUUGUCAAUUAUGCAUGCCAUGAAGAAGUAGUCAUUGAAUUUCUCAUUCUUGGAAUUAAUUAAAAACAUUUUAAAAAAGAACAAACCUCGUUCUCAAUUUAUUAAUUAAGCAAGCAAUAAAAAAAUCAUCAAAUUAAGAAACCAUGAAAAUGAAUAAUGUAUUAAAAAUGUGUGAGUCUAUCAAGUUAUUUAUUAGUUAAAAUUAUAAACUUUACAUGUAAUCAAUAUUUAUUAGAUUCUUGAAUUGAAUUGACCCCCCGCUGGAAAAUUGAAAACUAUGUAUUUCAAGGAGUAACUCUUUCAGACAAGUUCCUCUCUAGUGCCAACUUAGAGUUCCUUGUAUUUUCCUUUUGCCCAUAACAUCCUGAGAAAAAACAAACAAUUUAAAAUACACAUCAUAUAUAGAAGUGAUAAAAAAUUGAAUUUCAAUCUUGUAAAUCAAUGUCUUAAAAUUUGAGCACAGUCUCCUUUUUGGAUUCAAAAUUUAGUUAUUAGAUUUUCUUGUUUUCAGAGAGAAUGACUGAAAAUUUAUUUCGUAAUGAUUUUAAAUAUUACAAGCAAAGAGUGCCUGCACCAAGCUUGGAUGCCGUUAUAGAUUCUCGGAAUCCAGCUCACGUGGCAGAGCACUUCAUGGAGAUCCACGUGGAAAACAAAGAUGGCGACAUUCCGAAAAAUAUGAAUUUAAAAGCAAAAUGGAGGAUGUUUGCGUCUAAACGAAAUCCAGGACUGAUCCUGAUAUUGGAUUUGUUCACUCCGGAGCAGGAAUUGUACUGGGCUUACACCUGUCUAUCUUUGUACACCACAUCACAGUACAAAAGGAAUUUCGAUGGACAGCUAAGUGUUGAAAACUGGUUUUCCCGAGCUAAGGUUGAUGAAGGACUUGUUGAUAAACUCCGCUGGUCGACAUUGGGCUACCAUCACAACUGGGACACAAAGCAGUAUAAUGAUGAUGAUGAAAACAAUGCUGAUUUUCCUCAAGAUCUUGCUGCAGUAGCGAAGUGUAUUGCUGAAGCACUCAGACACCAGAGAUACAAAGCUGAGGCUGCCAUUGUUAAUUUUUAUCCUCCUUCAUCUACGCUAUCUGGUCAUACAGAUCAUUCAGAACACAAUCUGUCGGCUCCUUUAAUCUCAAUGAGCCUGGGACAAUCCGCUGUUUUCCUGCUGGGGGGAGAAACAACAGAGCAGAAACCGGUUCCUUAUUUACUAACAAGUGGAAGUGUAAUAGUAAUGGAUAAAUCUGCUCGUCUCAGCUACCACGCUGUUCCAAGGAUAAUCUGUGAUCUGGAUGUAGACAACAGGUUUAUAGAUUUAUUAAAUUCUUCUGAAUUAGUCUUAAGAAUACAACAAGAUUCACGAAUACAACAAGAUUCAAGAAUACAACAAGAUUCAAGAAUACAACAAGAUUCAAGAAUACAACAAGAUUCAAGAUUACAACAAGAUUCAAGAUUACAAGAAGAGUCAAGAUUACAAGAAGAGUCAAGUAUACAACAAGAUUCAAGAAUACAACAAGAUUCAAGAAUACAACAAGAUUCAAGAAUACAACAAGAUUCAAGAUUACACAAAGAGUCAAGAUUACAAGAAGAGUCAAGAAUACAAAAAGAGUCAAGGAUACAACAAGAGUCAAGAUUACAAAAAGAGUCAAGAUUACAAGAUGUUUUUAGAAACAAGAUUGAACAAGAGAAAACUAAGAAAACAAAGCAAGAAGAUGAAUCAAUCAAUAAGAUGAAUGCUGAAAACAAAAAUGAAGAAACAAUAAAUAAAUUAAAAAUUUAUGAAGAUUUAACCUUUGUAAAAGACUAUCUACGGACUCACAGGAUCAAUUUGAAUAUCAGACAAGUUAAUUUUUAAAAGUUUUCAGAAAUAUUCAAUAAUAUUAAAAUAAUAUUUUAAUUAUUCAAAUUAUUUUCA